GAAGGGUGCUUUCGUUAGGAGAAUCUAAGUAAAUAAAGCAGAUACAUCGUUUGAUGAAUAAGUGGACACGAAACUUACGGAUUAAUUUGACCUCAACAGCGAUAAGAGUCGUUGCUUCAUUCGAAUUACCUCUAUGAGUGCCGUCGUUAGAAAAAAGGUAGUUGUAGUUGGGGAUGGUGCUUGUGGAAAAACCUGCUUGUUGACUGUCUUCUGUAAAGGGGAAUUUCCAGAAGUAUACAUACCGACAAUAUUUGAGAGCUUUGUGUCGGAUGUUUCAGUUGAAAAUAAAAAUGUUGAACUGGCGCUUUGGGAUACAGCUGGACAAGAGGACUACGACAGAUUGAGAACACUAACCUAUCCCGAUACAAAUGUGAUUGUGCUAUGUUUCAGCGUAGAUAGUCCUGAUAGCUUAGAAAAUGUAGAAGAAAAAUGGAUGCCCGAAAUUAGAAGUUUUUUGCCAAAUACUCCUGUGAUACUUGUCGCAAACAAGAAGGACCUUAGAAACGAUGAAGCAACAAAAAGAGAACUUCAGAAAAUGAAACAGCAAAUUGUUACUGAAUAUGAAGGUAAACAUGUAGCCGAAAAAAUUGGUGCUCGGGCAUACGUUGAGUGUUCAGCCAAAAACAAAGAUGGAGUCAAUGAUGUCUUUGAUACUGCUGCUAGAAUAGCAUUGCACAACAAAAGAAAAAAGAGUCGCUGCCUUAUUAUUUGAAACUUGUGCAUAUCACAUAGAUUUAUUUUGGCAAAUAUCAUACAAAGAUCGUUAUCGCCAAUUUGUAAUCCACAUAAACCAAUCCAAAAUGAUUUUGGAAAAAAUGUAUAUACUACCUUGAAAUAUGUUAAAUAACUAUAUCAGUAUACUGCUUCAAAACCAAUUUCCUUUUUGACCUUGUUUUUGAAUUUUUAAGAAAGCGUUUGUGCAGUAAAUAUGGAACUUUUUGAAAGUUUUUGCUGUAAAUAAUUGCCAGUAACAUGCACCAGUAACUAUUAUUGAAAGUUUCUAUUUUUACGCAUAUGGAAGCAUUUUAUCAAUAGCCUGUAAAAAUAAAUGUACGUAUGAUAUAUAAGGAAUUUUCGACUUCAUCGUUGUCUCUCCAAAACUCAGUACAUGUAAAGUAAGAUCCUAAUAAACCGCUUUCUGGUUAAUUUUGGCGACUUAUGUCUAACACUGUCGUUUAUGGUAACUAGUCUCGUCCAUUGGCUUCAUCUCGUAAUGAUUACAGAGCCCUUAGUAGAUCAGAUCAUUUUGCUUAGUUGUGUCCCCAUAUUUGGACAAUCCUUUUCCA